AUGCCCCCUUCAGCUCAGACAACAAAACUCCAAUCAACACUCCGUCUCCUCAUCCCCCGUCUACGGCUUCAACAGAAAAAGGAUACCGCAUCCUCCAUAGCCCAGCGCCGGGAACUAGCACAACUCCUCGAAAAUGGCCGCGAAGCGUCUGCGCGGUACAGAGUCGAGAAUGUCAUCGCAACCGAUAUUGGGGUCGAGGUUAUGGAGAUGGUGGAGCUUUAUUGCGAGCUAUUACUCGCGCGAGCGGCUGUUCUUGAUCAGAUUGCAUUCUCGGAUAAAGGCGUAGAAGCGCGAAACAAGGCGAAGGAGGAGCUUAAUAGACAGAAUCUUGAGAAGAAGAAUGCCGCAUCUACAACAUCUACACCGGAGCCGAAGAAAGCAGGAGGUUUUGGCUGGUUCUCGAGUAGUAAAGUAUCACCGACUGUUCCUGAGUAUCAAGCAAACAGCAAACCACAAGAAUUAGUUGCUGCUGCCGCGACAGAUGAAAGGGAUGACUUUAACGAUGAAGCGAAUAGUUAUAUCAACGUGGGUCUUGACGAAGCCGCAGUAGCUAUAUUCUAUGCUUGCCCACGAUUUCCGCGCGAGGUCAAGGAAUUAACGACACUGCGUCUGUUACUAAUGGAGCGCUGGGGUAAAGAAUUCGCGACUCUGGCACAGGACAAUAAAGCGGCAAUCAAAAUCCCCGAACGAUUGGUCAAGAAACUCCGCGUGAAACCACCUUCGAAGGAAUUAGUGGAAAGUUAUUUGCGCGAAAUCGCAAAAGCGUACAAUGUUGUCUGGCCUGCUGGAGAGGGGGAAGACGUCGCCGAGGGCGAUGUACCGGAAGUAAUGACUCAAGAAGAGACAUCUCCUCCGCCGGAUUAUGAUGAUGGCGGCAAUGAUACGGGCGAUGUUUCGGCAGCACCUCAUACGCCGCGGAAGAGUCUGGCUGAUAAUAUGCGUCGUGCCUCUGAGACAGAUGAAUUGUCUCGCGCUACGCCGCCGAGAGAUAUUGGAACGCAUGAUGCUACUGGGAAGAGUCCAGUUAUUGUUGCAAAGCCAGGGCCUAGUAGUGAUAAUCCGGAACCUAGAGUUAAGAUUCCGGGGGAAACUGAAGGGAAUAGGAAGGACGGUGGUGCCCGUCCGAGUGGACCGCAGAGGAGGGAUAGCAAGGGAAUACCGAAUGUGGAUGAGUUGUCGAAGAGGUUCGCUGCAUUGAAGAGGUGA